AUGUUUCCCAUAUGGUGUGUUUAUAUACCCGUGCUCAUCACCUUUCUCUCUCAAUCUGUAUCCGCUCGAGCCGUCCCCCAUGAACAUGACCUGCAACUCCGCCAAUCCCCCACCGUCCCCCUCCGCAUCCUCCCCCUCGGCGCCUCAAUAACCUGGGGCAUGGGGUCCACAACCGGAAACGGAUACAGAGGCCCCCUGCGCUCGCAACUGCGGUUCUCCGGCUGGGAAGUCAACAUGGUCGGGAGCAAGAGCAACGGCGAGAUGGAAGAUAACGACGUGGAAGCCCACUCGGGCGACCUAAUAAGCGAAGUCCACGCCGCCUCGCAGCACUCCUACAUCUACAAGCCCAACAUCGUGCUCAUCAACGCCGGCACAAACGACUGCAACCGAGCAAUCGACAUCCCCGGCGCCGGACAACGAAUGAGAUCGCUAAUUACCGAUCUCCUCUCCGCGCCGGAUAUGGCAAAGACGCUGAUCAUCCUCUCGACGCUCCUCCCCUCCGGCAACGCGAACAUCGCGGCUAACACGCCGGCCGUGAACGCGCAGUACCGCGAUCUCGUCACCGCCAUGCGCAGCGAAGGGAGAUUCAUCGUGCUGGCGGAGAUGAACGCUGAUCCUUCCUUUCUCGACUACCCGAGUGAUUUCUCCGACGACACGCAUCCGAAUGACGCGGGGUACGCGAAGAUGGCGCGGGUGUGGUACGAGGCGAUUCGGGGCGCUGCGGGGGAGAAUCUCAUUCCUGCACCUGCUGCCCUCGGUGACGGGGAUACCGGGGUUUGCGAGAAGGUUUACGGCGAUGGGAUCUAUGCUGGUGGGUUGACGCAGCGGGGGAGCGGCGAGGAGGAUGGGAUUUACUACCAUGAUAGUGAGGCGAGGGGGGUUGUGUUUAGUGUUUCGGUGGCGGAUUCUGGGCGUGUGGAUCUUGAUGAUUACGAUCGGUUUUUCUUUGGACGGAUGUUUUCGCCUGAUUGGGAUGAUCUGCUGGUUUGGGCUCUUCUUGAUGGGGCGGUGCGGUAUGAAGUCUAUCGGAACAAUGGGCAAGGGGCGUUUGAGUCCGCUGGGUCGAUGUCUGUUGCGGACAAUUGUAAUCCGGCUGGUGUGCAUUUUGUUGAUAUUAAUGGUGAGAAGGCCUUCUCUCAUCUGGCUUCGCUAACAUUCACCUUUGCAGGCGACGGCUAUGACGACUUCAUCUGCAUCGCGAAGGACGGCACUGCGUAUGCGAGUAUCAACAAUCACGAUGGCUCCGAUAGCAAUCCUCCGUCCUUCACCUAUAAAGGGAAAUGGAAGGACAGGGAAGGAUACGAUCAGGCGAAUGUGCGACUUGCGGAUGUUGACGGCGACGGCAGGGCCGACUACUGCGUUGUUGCCGGCAGCGGAGAUAUAAGCUGCUGGCGGAAUGGCUGGAUUGAUGAUAUGCCGGCAUACUGGCAGGCCCUCGGGGUUCGGUUCACGGGCAAGGGCAUGGGCGAUAUCGCAGGCGUGCGGUUCGAGGAUAUAAACGGUGAUGGCCGAGACGACUGGCUGUGGGUAGACGACGUCGGACAAACCACAACCUACACCAACGCGCGCAGCUGCCAGAAAGGCGAAGAAGGUGACGGCCUGAACAUUGUCUGGAGACAAGGAUACCGCAAGGGCGCCAGCUCCGGGCCAACGCAUUCUGGCAUGGGUGGAUUUGGGAGCUCAGGGCUUCGACACCGCGUCCACUUCGCACGAGUGUACGGCGAGCCGCAGGACUUCGGGCUCCUUGGUCGGCUCGACUAUAUCUUUAUCGAAAAGGCCGGAUCCUCAUUCAACAUGCACGUGUGGAAGAACAUCGGCGCAGGGGGGACAAAGAUCAAAGCCGACGGCAACCGCUACUGCAACAUGAUGGGCCACUCGGACGGGCGCAUGGACUACAUCUGGAUCCUCUCAAAAGGCGACAUGCGCAUCUACCCAAACAAGGGCCUAGUCAACAUCACCAACGACGAAAGCUACUGGGACGCCAACUACGUGAUCUUCGACCCGUCCUCCCUCCCCAUAGGCAGGGACCUGGACAGACGCGACCUGCACCUCGCCGACUGGGACGGCGACGGCGCGUGCGACAUCAUCUGGACGGACCCGGACAGCGGCAACAAGCCGCACCUCUUCCGCAACCGUAUUAAGGAGACCGGCGCCUUUGACUGGGAGUACGACGCCACUCCCGCGCCCGCUCUCUCAUGCCCCGAGACACGCGGGGUGGGCUUCUUCGACCGCCCCGUGCACAUCGCCGAUAUCACGGGGAACGGACGCGCGGAUUACCUGUGCGUUGAACGCGAUGGACGGACAUGGGGGUACACGCAGGACGGCGCCAACACCUUCACUCAGCACACGCAAAUUAAAUUCGCGGAAGGCAAAGACCGCGCGAACCUGGUGUGGGCGGACGUCAACGGCGACGGGCGUGCGGACCUCAUCCACACGAACAAGUUCAACGGCGACGGGACGGUGUGGUAUAACCGGGGGCUGAGGGAGGUGGGCGGGUCGAGUUUCUGGUGGGAGAAUGCGGGGUUGGCGUUUGAGGGGAAGGUCGCGGGGAGCUGUGUGUAUUAUCCGGAUCUGAAUGGCGAUGGGUAUGCGGAUAUCCAUGCGGUGACGCACUCGAUGGAGAAUACGGCGGAGACGUGGUAUAGUGGGUGUGGCGAGGGGGUGCUGAAGGAUCAUGAAGGGGAUGAUGGGGCGCUGGUUGAUCCGGGGUUGCCGGAGUUGCCUUAG